AUGGACUUGAAGCCUGGCGUGGCUGCAGGGGAAGAACCAGAGCUUCCAAUCCCCAUCUCCCUGAUAUCAGGCCGCUAUUUCCUCUUCUCCAUCGACGCAGUAACAUAUCUACGCCGUGAACAUCACAUUUGCGGUGUGCUAGUAGGGACCCUACCACAAGUUCCGCAGCAAAAUGUUUUCUUAGGGCUGCCAUUGGAGUUGAUGCCCGAGGAGGCUAGGCUAUUGGUAGAAAAAGACGUGGCAUAUGUUGUGGAUGACACACAGGCCCAUAACCAGGGUAUCAGAAACCUACAGGAGGAAGAUAAGCGACGCUACCUCAAUGAACUGAAGCAGAAUGGACUCCAGGCCACCGUUAUUCUAGCCGAUAAAAAGGCAGAAAGGCGAGAAAUAGCGAUGAAAAAGCAAAAAGCUAAAGAGGUAAAGAAAUCCAAAAGAAAAAUUGGAAGCGAAAAACCAGAAGUAGAAGAGGACACAUCAUCACACGCGGAACCAGGGAUUGAGAAUGAGGAUGGCGAUGGUGAUGACGAGCUUCUGUUUGCACCUCCAAGGAAGCCGACUGUGGAAGAGGAUGCUGCUCCUAGGGCCGGUGGAGAGCAGAUGUUAGAAGUCACGCCUGCUACUUCCAGUGGACUGGUACUUAGAACUGCACCCCAGAUCCCUGCAUAUCUCCCAGAAGCUCCCUCGUCGUAUCCACUCUUUGCUCACCUGCACUCAAAAGGGUACUUUCUCUCCCCUGGAUUGCGUUUUGGUUGUCAGUACAUGGCGUAUCCUGGCGAUCCGUUACGCUUCCACUCCCACUUCCUGGUGGUCUCUACCGAAUGGGAGGAAGAAUUCGAUCUUAUGGAUCUGGUUGCGGGAGGACGACUGGGAACUGGUGUGAAAAAAGGUUACCUUAUCGGUGGUACUGAAAAGUCCGAUGAUGAGGGCUCUGAACAAACAGUCAGGACGUUCAGUCUUGAAUGGGCUGGAAUGUGA